GCGAAGUAUCCCAUUUCAACUUUCGCUAUCGCUACUGUCAAAUAUUGACAGCCCGACCGACCUACCAUGGACAGUAUGUCUGUGCAGCCCCUGUAAACCUGGACCUUGAGAUGACACAAAUCCAACAUCGUGGACAGUAACACCAGCUCUGCAGGAUGAUUCCUGUUCUUCCAGAGUCCUGCACUCAUGUCCUUGCCGAGUUUGACUGCCUGGACCCCUUACUCUCUGCCCUGCGCCUGGACUCAGGCAGACUUAAGUGCACAUGUCUGGCAGUGUCCAGGAAGUGGCUUGCUCUGGGGACUUCUGCAGGGGGUCUCCAUCUCAUUCAGAGAGAAGGCUGGAAGCAGAGACUCAUCCUCACACACAAGGAAGGAUCCAUCACUCAGGUAGCAUGCUGCCCUCACGAUGAAGACUUUAUCGCUGUUGCGACAAGUCAGGGGGUGGUGGUUGUGUGGGAGCUGCAGCUAGAGCGGCGGGGUCGGCCCGAGCGAGCGUGCGUGUCCUGGGAGCAUCGUGGCCAGGCCGUCACUGCCCUGUGCUGGGAUACCGCCGCCCUGCGCGUCUUUGCCGGGGACGCCGGGGGGAAGGUGUCUUUCAUCCGCGCCGCCUCCUCCAAACUUGGAAAGGGCUCUGCGUUUGUGAUCUUCCCUGUGCAGACAGUCACCACAGUGGACUCCAAGGUGGUACAGAUGGGCUACCAGGAGGGCCGGCUGCUCGUGUCCUCCCUGAGUCGCUGCUACCUGUGCGACACAGACAGAGAGAAGUUCUGGCGAGUAGGUAAUAAGGAACGUGACGGGGAGUACGGCGCGUGUUUCCUGUCUCAGGCGCGGGGUGCUGGGGGAAGUCCUCCCCCCCUUCUGUACUGUGCCCGGCCUGGAUCACGUGUGUGGGAGGCCAGCUUUGGUGGGGAAGUACAGAGCACACACCAGUUCAAACAGCUGCUCGCCUGCCCAGCCGUGCCCCUCAUCACCUACAAGCAUGAGUCACACUAUAACCCCAACCAGAAAAGCCCUCAAUCUCUGGCCUUCCCAAAGCUGAUACAACUCGGGGAUCAACACCUUCUGACCUGGACUGAAUCUGCCAUCUAUAUCUUUACACCUCAGAGUGACCAAGUGCUCUUAUGGACCGAAGUCAAAGGCAUCGUGGACAUGGCAGUGUUCCGCAGCGAGCUCUUCUGUCUUUAUGGCGAUGGACGCUUGUCCCACUUCUCGGUGCUGUCAGCCGAGCGUUGCGUGGAGCGGUUGCUACGGCGUGAGGCUUGGACCCUGGCAGCCACUGUCUGCUGCAUGUUCCAGCACGCUGUUGCAUCCGGAAGGGCCAGGAAGUCUGUUCCCAUGGACCGUCUGGAGAACCUCAAGGCUCAGCUCAGCUCCGCCUCACACCUGGAGCUGAUUGGUCAGCUGGAGGAAGUCAUCUCCAAGCUGGAGCCUUUAGACUCCGCCUGCAGUAGUCGCCGGAGCAGUAUCUCCUCCCAUGAGAGCUUCAAUGUUUUGGACUGUGGCAUCUACCGGGUCAUCAGCCGCAGAGGAAGCCAGUCAGACGAGGACACCAGCUCCCUGGUUAGCCAAUCGAUGCUUGAGGAGGAGCGGCUGAAGGAGUUUAGUUUUACUCAGGAGGAGGAGCCAGGGGAGCAGGAGGGCCAUCAAGGAGAACGGGCGGAGGCGGAGCGCGUGGAGCCUGGGCUGCAGUUUCACCUCCCUCUGUCAUUCCGCCCCAAACCACCACGCAUUGCCCUGCAGGCCGUCCGAGACAGUGUGUCUAGCUUUGUGAAAAAGACCACAGAGAAGAUCAACACCCUUCAGAUGAACACUGAACUUUGGCCUCGGCCUGACCUCAGAGAGGGGUCACAGGGUGAGGUCAUCAGCUCUACUGCCCCAUUUCCAGAGGUGGUGGACAACGAGCCGUCUGGUGAGCAGUCCAGUGCUGAGAGUGGUCUGCAAGAGCUCAGAGCAGCCACCGAGAAAGCCAUAGCCCAGGUCCAGGAUCUGCAGGUUCUGUUGGAUCCAGCCAGCCUGGAGGAGGCUCUGCUGGAGUGGCUGCCGGUGCUGGAGCGGGUUUUGGGACCAGAGGACCUCACAGAACCGGACCAGGAGCAGCAGGAGGAAGAUGGCGAGGAGGAGGGGGAGGAGGAGGAAGGAAUAGUGGAGAGAGAGCUGGAGGUUCUGUCCUGUUCUGCCGCUCAGCAUUCCGAAGGGGUCACGGGGUCAAUGAAGAGGGGAUCUGAGGACCCUAAACUACUCGCGGCCGAGGAGGACCUACGGGAGACCGGUAUCUCCAAGCAGCAGCACAGAGACGGCGAGCUGAUCCGACUGCUCGCAUCGCGACCCUUGCCCUCUGACCUGCAUGCUGACGUCACCCAGCUGACCUCUCUUUGCCUGGACGUGGGCUGCGUGAGCCGUCAAGCCAAAGCGACGGGAGAGGGAGAAGAGGGAGGAGGAGGAGGAGGAGGCGAGAGUGUGUGUGUGGAGAGUGUGUGUGUUUUUCUGAGACGUUAUUUUUUCCUGCUGGAUCAGGAGCAUACGCGCAGGGUGUGUUUGCAAAGAUACAGACAGCAUCCCGAGGUCCUAGAGGAUUUCAUCGCAGGGAUGUUAGAAUAUACUCAGUCCAGUAAGGUGGUGGAGGUGAUCCAGAAGGGGGAUCUGCUAAAGUCCCUGAGGAGUCUGAGAGAACUCCAGCCCUGGAACACCCCCCUGCUCCUGUCCCACCUCUACAGACUGUAUGAGAAGCACGGGGAGCUGGCCGUUCGCUCCUUCUCCCAGUUCUAUCCCACAAUCCUCCCUUCUGACGUGCUGGCCAUGGCCCAGCGCAGCCACUUCCUGCCUUAUCUGGACAACCUGGUGCAGUCCCGCACGGAGGAGCAAAGACUGGCUUUCCUUGGGUCCCUGCUACAGCCUGAAACCCUGCGACAGGAUUGGCUGGAGCUGGCCCUUUCGCACGAUGCACCUCAAAGGAGUGAUACUUUAACAGCUGAUGGACAACCACGGUGGCACUCUCAUUAUUUCAGCUGGGGGUAUGGGCGCCUCCUCUCCCUCCUGAUCCGUCAGCCGAGUGACCUGGCUUCCAAACAGAAGAUGCUGGAGACAUGCAGAAACCAUGGCUACUGGACAGGCUACCUGCAGCUGUGCAGUGAGCUACAGCGCCGCCCAGAGGCCUUUGCUGCUAUCUGCAGCUUGGACGACAUGAGUCUGUUGGAGGAGCCCAAUGGUAUUGUGCCUCAAACUCUAGAGGAGUGGAAGCUGCUUAUCCAGCUCUCCCAGCAGAACUGCAGUGGGAGUUUGGAGGCAGCCAGCCUUCUCCAGGCUCGUAAUGGCACAAGUGGAGCCACUAGCACCUGCACUAACAGUAGUAGCACCACUAAUGGUAGCAACACAGCUAAUGGUACCGCUAAUGGUAAUGUUAGUAACAGUGCUAAUGGAACUGUCUGUGUUGUUGGUACUAGCGAUACUAAUGGUGCUAGUGCAACUGUUCCCAGCAGUGCAAAUGGAACCAGCUGUGCUAGCAGUAGCAGCUCUAGCAGCUCUAGCAGCUGCCCCAGCAGUGCUAAUGGUAGUUUAGCUAAUGGCUCUGCAGACUGGAGCAGCCAGAUCACCCCGGAGACCCUGACUCUCCGUCUGGCUCGCGUGGUGGGGCCAGAUCGGGCCCUGGCGGCUCUGCAGGAGUGUGGCGUCCAACUGGAGCUUGGGCUCCAGUCCACCCGCAUGUGUGACCUGCUGAGGGUGGCAGAGAAGAGGCAGAGGGCUCUGAUCCACACCAUGCUGGAGCGAUGCGAUCGUUUCCUGUGGUCCCAGCAUGCCUAGAGUAGAGGGCUGCCUGCCUGCUGCAAUGCUGGUCAGGGUACCCCAGUCAGAUAGCUCAACUGUGCCCUGAUCCCCAGCCCCAUACCCAGCCUCAUACCCCAACCCCAUACCCAGCCUCAUACCCCAGCCUCAUACCCCAUACCCCUGC